AUGCACCUGAGAACACUUAAAAGAAGGCUGAUUGAUCUAGGACUGAAAAGAAAAGGAAAAACAGAAAUGGACAAAUCCGAGAUUGAAUUACUAAUUAGAAGAGAAAUCGAAGACAAGCAAACCACACAGGUUAGCAGUUUCUAUGGUAAAUCCACACUUCGUGAUGGUUGCAGCGUGAGUGAUGAUUACAGCACAAUCACGUGCGCAGCAAAUUUCGUCAAAAAACUGAUCACACUGAAGUUAAAGGUCAACAAGUGCCAUGACCCAAUCAGUGUAACAGCCUCAGUGGAUGUACCUGUUCUGCGUAUCUCUCGGUCUCAUACUUACACCAGUGACGACAUCAUAAAAAUCCCAAGAUUCACUGCGUCGGUACCAGGUUUCUCAGUUUCUGCUGGUUUGUACGUUCAAGUCUCUCUCACUCCAAACGGCGAUAAACUGAAACUUACGGUGAAGCUCCUCGCUGGGGGUCAGGUUGGGGAUGAAGUAGUUUAUCCUGUGAAACUACUAGUGAUAGACGGCAACCUGCCCAUUAACACCAAAGCCUGUGGUAUUUUCGCCUGGUGGUACGAUAUGAAAAGAGGAACUAUGGUCAAAGGCUUCAUUCUUGUUCUCAUCAUCCUCAUCUCUGCCUAUUACUGCUGCUACAACCAGUUCUGA